CGCAGCAUGCGGAACCUGUGGCUGCCCCACCCGGUGGCCGCCGCGCUGUCGGCGCUGAGGAUGUCGACCUACAAGCGAGCCACGCUGGAUGAGGAGGACCUCUUGGACUCUGUCUCCGAGGGCGACGUGUACCCCAACGGCCUACAGGUGAACUUCCGCAGCCCUCGGAGCGGCCAGAGGUGCUGGGCGGCAAGGACCCAGGUGGAGAAGCGGCUGCUGGUGCUGGUGGCGCUGCUGGCGGUGGGGCUGGUGGCCUGUGUGGCGGCACUGGCCGUCCAGUACCGGACAGGGUCCCCCUCGAUGUGCCUGAGUGAGGCCUGCGUCUCGGUGACCAGCUCCAUCCUGAACUCCAUGGACCCCACGGUGGACCCCUGCCAGGACUUCUUCAGCUACGCCUGCGGCGGCUGGGUCAAAGCCAACCCCGUGCCAGACGGCCACUCCCGAUGGGGGACCUUUAGCAACCUCUGGGAGCACAACCAAGCCAUCAUCAAGCACCUCCUCGAGAACGCCACAGCCAGCGUGAGCGAGGCGGAGAGGAAGGCCCAAGUAUACUACCGUGCGUGCAUGAAUGAAACCAGGAUCGAGGAGCUCAAGGCCAAGCCCCUGAUGGAGCUGAUCGAGAAGCUCGGGGGCUGGAACAUCACAGGGCCCUGGGACAAGGACACCUUCCAGGACACUCUGCAGGUGGUCACCGCCCACUACCGCACCUCUCCGUUCUUCUCUGUCUAUGUCAGCGCCGACUCCAAGAACUCCAACAGCAACGUGAUCCAGGUGGACCAGUCCGGCCUGGGCUUACCCUCAAGAGACUAUUACUUGAACAAAACGGAAAACGAGCAGGUGCUGACUGGCUACCUAAACUACAUGGUUCAGCUGGGGAAGCUGCUGGGCGGGGGUGACGAAGACAGGAUCCGGCCUCAGAUGCAGCAGAUCCUGGACUUCGAGACGGCGCUGGCCAACAUCACCAUUCCCCAGGAGAAGCGGCGUGACGAGGAGCUCAUCUACCACAAAGUGACGGCCGCCGAGCUGCAGACCCUGGCGCCUGCCAUCAACUGGCUGCCCUUUCUCAACACCAUCUUCUACCCUGUGGAGAUCAACGAAUCGGAACCCAUCGUGGUCUAUGACAAAGAGUACCUCAAGGAGGUGUCCACCCUCAUCAAAAACACAGACAAGUGCUUGCUGAACAACUACAUGAUCUGGAACCUGGUGAGGAAAACGAGUUCUUUCCUCGACCAGCGUUUCCAGGACGCCGAUGAGAAGUUCAUGGAAGUCAUGUACGGGACCAAAAAGACGUGCCUUCCUCGCUGGAAGUUCUGCGUGAGUGACACCGAAAACAACCUGGGCUUUGCCCUGGGCCCCAUGUUCAUCAAAGCAACCUUUGCGGAGGACAGCAAGAACAUAGCCAGCGAGAUCAUCAUGGAGAUCAAGAAGGCCUUCGAGGAAAGCCUGAGCACGCUGAAAUGGAUGGAUGAAGACACUCGGAAGUCGGCCAGGGAGAAGGCGGAAGCGAUCUACAACAUGAUAGGCUACCCCAACUUCAUCAUGGACCCCAAGGAGCUGGACAAAGUGUUUAAUGAUUACACUGCAGUCCCCGACCUCUACUUUGAGAACGCCAUGCGAUUCUUCAACUUCUCAUGGAGGGUCACGGCUGACCAGCUUCGGAAAGCUCCCAACCGAGAUCACUUGCAGGAGAAAACCUACCAGAAAGGCAAAGCAAGGUAUCUUUGCCUCUGGCGCCCCUUCUUGAAUGACCGAGAUCUGAACACCUUUGUUCCCCAGACCUUCCUCACCUUAAUGUCCUUCCCCUCCAGGGCCUUGAACUUUGGUGGCAUUGGCGUCGUCGUGGGCCAUGAACUGACGCAUGCUUUCGACGAUCAAGGCCGCGAGUAUGACAAGGACGGGAACCUACGGCCGUGGUGGAAGAACUCAUCAGUGGUGGCCUUCAAGCAGCAGACAGAGUGCAUGGUGCAGCAGUACAGCAACUACAGCGUGAACGGGGAGCCGGUCAACGGCCGCCACACCCUGGGCGAGAACAUUGCCGACAAUGGCGGCCUCAAGGCAGCCUACCGGGCCUACCAGAACUGGGUGAAGAAGAACGGGGAGGAGCAGACGCUGCCCACACUGGAGCUCACCAACAACCAGCUCUUCUUCCUGGGGUUUGCGCAGGUCUGGUGCUCUGUCCGCACACCCGAGAGCUCCCACGAAGGCCUCAUCACAGACCCCCAUAGCCCCUCCCGCUUCCGGGUCAUCGGCUCCGUCUCCAACUCCAGGGAGUUCUCAGAACACUUCCACUGCCCACCCGGCUCCCCCAUGAACCCUCAGCACAAAUGUGAAGUCUGGUAAGAGCAGAGAGGAAGGAAGAGCAGGGGCAGGGCCCGAGGACGAGCCCCAGCCAAGAGCCAGCAAGUCAGCACAUCUGCCCUGCCAUCGCCGUCCAGGGCACUGCCAGGCCACCAGGCCACCCCUUCCCCUCACCAGAGGGUUUCAGCCGGAACCAUGCCUGUGAUGUGGUUCUCAAACAGUCUGAGGUUUGCUCCCCUGUGAAUGCCCUGUCACCCCAGGCACUCACACCUGCGUCAGCUCAUGGGCAUUUGGGGUGGGGGGCCGGCUGGCUGCACCCCAGACCUGUGCCUCAAGCCAGCGAGGGCAGUGGGCCAGACCCCUGGCCCCCAUCCAGCACCAGAUAUACCACAAAUACCACUGUGUCAAAUGCUUUAAAGAUAUAUUUUUGGGGAAACGUUUUUAAUCAUUGUGGAAUACACUGGAAACCUUCAGGGAGAAAACAAAAACAUUGUAAACCCUUCUUUUUCUGUUAAGGAAAGGCUUGGUAUAUUUAUUACGUUCCAUGUUUCUGAACAGCCUGUGGACAAGAGAGGCUCCACUGGUCUGCCUGGUCCCUCUGCCCCUCUCUCACUGCCAGGCCCCUGGACCCGGCCCCAGAGCCUCACUCUGCCUCAGCUCUCGGCACUGCAGCCCCCGGCCCCAGAGUCCCACAGUGGUAACCCCCAGCAAGGAAGGUCUGAGCCCUGGGGUGGACGCAGGAAUGGCUGAGGCAGGAGGAGUCAGGUCAGGCAGGGCCUUUGAGCCCUGUCUAGGGCACGCACCUGGGUCUGGACUCCUGGAGCCCCUGCACGGCCCAGUCUUCUGGGUCCUCCCGUGUCUGCCCGGGGCUGUUGCCCAUCCUCAGCGACUUUGGGUCGGCCUUGCUAGAUGAGAGAAGGUGAUCCUCAUCUGCCACAGGGUCCACGUCUUCCCUUUGAGUUCGGUCCCUGCCCACUGGCCUGGCUCCCAGGACUUUGGCCAGCCCCCCCUCCACUCUUAGUGCCUUAUUGGAGGCUGUGGUCCCUGGGCCGCCUCUCUCAGAGGCCCUCAGCCCCCUCAGUGAAGCCCCCAAGUGUCUUGAUAAAAGGCAAGGCCAUACCCUGUUCUCCCCGUGCCUAUACUGUCCUGCCGCCUCUCGCCGGCCAAGAGGCUCUGGCCUGGACUUCAGUGGCCCUGAAGACCAGGAGGCCGAGCCAGUGCUGAGCUUCCCCCCGAGCGCCGCCCCACGCUUGUCCCCUUGGCAUGAGUCAGAAAGCACCUGCAGCUGUUGGACUCUUGUGGAGGAUGCAUUCAACUGUGGAGGGCUGAGGGGAAGGCUCUUCCAUCCUGUUCUGGCCAGGAGCAGGGGCAAGAAUGUCCUUUCUCCCAGAAGCCCUAGCUUCUCCUCACAAGAGGCACAGGGACUCCCCCAGAUGGAGCCCUCUGGCCCUCUGGAGAAGCAGCUCAGAUCACCUGGCCACACUUCUGUGCCCCCAGGGUACCCCCCACCUACCCCCAGGAAGACAGUCCUCCUCACCCCAGGGGAGAGAACCGCUCAGUGCCGGCCCUGUCUGCCUUCAGCCCCGCUCAGCGCCCUCCCAAGUGGCAGGCCUGGGGGCUUCUCAGAGGGAGAGUAAACAGGAACCAGGGGCCUGCCGCUCACCUGUCUCCACCUAGCAGCCAGCUUUUCCCAGCCGAGCUUAUGCUGCCCCCACCUUCCCACCUCUCAGAGAAGAUGCACCACACCUUGCAGCCAGAAGCAAGGGUCCCACCUGAGUCACUGUAGGAAGUCAGUGGUUGCUGAGACUGGCAGAGGAGUGGUGGGAAGUAGGGGGAGGAGAGGGGUCAGCCCCAGCAUGGACAGACACAAGGGAAGGCCCCCAAACACCACUCCCACCACAUAGCUUGAAGAAGGUUGAAGUGAGAGACCCCUCCCCUUGGACCCAAGGAGCCAGAGCGUGGCUUUCUGCAGGUAUAUGACCGCGGGCCUUGCCGCUGGGACUCGCUGCUGGGAAUCGAUAUUUUUUUGUAUUCUCGUGUUUUGUGCUACUGUAGUUUGGGUGUGGCACUAUGUAAUUGAAAUAAAGUACUUGUACCUGGG